UCUCUCCGUGCAGGGAAAACCGGAACCGGCUGACGCAGAUCAUGCUCCUGAAAUCCCUGCUCCAGGUCUCCGUGGGUUUCCAGUGCACCAACAUGCUCACGGCUCUUCCCAGCGCAUUCCUGGACCGGCUCCUCUCCUCGGCCCUCCUGGAAGAUCCCGAAAUCCGCCUCUUUGUCCUGGAAAUCCUCAUCAGCUUCAUCGACCGCCACGGGAAUCGCCACAAGUUCUCCACCAUCAGCACCAUCAGCGACAUCUCCGUCCUGAAGCUGAAGGUGGAGAAAUGUUCCCGCCAGGAUUCCGUCUUCAUGAAGAAGCACGGGCAGCAGCUCUACCGGCACAUCUUCCUGAUCUCCAAGGAGGGCGACAACGGCCGCGCUCACUACGAGGCCCUUUUCAGCCUCCUGGUGCUGCUGAGCCUCGAGCUGGCCAACGAGGAGGUGGUGGUGGAUCUCAUCCGCCUCGUCCUGGCCGUCCAGGAGCUGGCGCAGCUGAACAAGGAGAACCUGUCCCCGGGCGGGCGCUGUGCCCUCCUGGCGCUCGGGGCCGCCUACCUCAACCUCAUCGGGCAGCUCCUCUCCGUGCCCACCUUCUGCCAGCACGUCCACCAGGUGAUCCAGACCCGGCAGAAGGAGGCUCCGUUCCUGCUGCCCGAGGACGUGUUCGUGGAGAACCCCCGGUUGAGUAAAAACCUGGAUCAGUUGGGGCCGGAGGUUUUCUUCUGGCAGAGCAAGAUCAGCGAAGCCCUGGGAGGGAGCGGAUACAACCUGGAGCGGCUCAGCAUUCCCUACGUCCCACAGCUCACGGACGAGGAUCGCUUAUCCAAGAGGAAAAGCAUCGGAGAAACCAUUUCCCUGCAGGUGGAGGUGGAAUCCCGGAACAGCCCCGAGCGGGAACAGAGAGCUCCGGCCGAGGAAAUCACCUACGAGAUGCUGAAGAAAGCCAUAGCAGACAGCGUGGCCGUGGAGGAGCAGGAGCGGGAACGGCGCCGGCAGGUGGUGGAAAAAUUCCAGAAGGCUCCGUUCGAGGAAAUCGCCGCCCACUGCGGGGCCAGGGCGACGCUGCUCCAGAGCAAACUCAACCAGAUCUUCGAGAUCACCAUCCGGUGG